AUGGUUAAGGAUGCAUAUUCACCAUAUACCAGUAAUGGUAGGUCUCCGAUAGAACGUAUUUCGAAAGCAGCCAGUGAAUAUUUUGGUAGCAUCUUUAACGCAACCAGCAUACUGUCUCUAUCUGCUACUAUGGAGAUCACUCGUGUGAGGUGCAUAAAUGUUCCACUACUGUACUCCCAACUGUACUCCCAACUAAAGAAGAGUGAAUGGGCAGAAUCCGGUAAAGGCGAAAUUAUUGAAAAGGAAGACUCAAGUGAUACAGGUGCUACAGGAAGAGGCUUGGCGAAAGCUAUGCUACUAGCAAGAGCAGCUACGACGAGGACGAAAAUAAACAUCAGUGGGGAGAGUAUUGUUAACCAAUGCCUAACGGGGAGGCCUGGAAGACAAGAGUACAGGGAUUACGGAUUGCGCAAGUCUUUUAAUGAAUCCCCGCUUCUUACACAUUCAGCUACCCAAUUUGCCUUGCAAAAGCAAAAGCAAGCAAAUAAGGCGCGGAGUUGGAAGGUACAACGGGACCCUAAUUCUCGGAGAUUUGUCGUCGAUAUGGGAACGCGGGCAGCUCCAAAUCUUUUGGUUACUCAUGGGCCAUAUGUCAAAGAGGCUCCAAAGAUUGCGAAAUGUGAAUUUGUGUUCCUUGCUCCAUCACGUGAUUUUGGAAUUAUUUAUUCCCAUGUCACUCGCUGA